AUGUUCCAGAGAACCUUCCUCAGACAGGCCCAGCGGUCCCUCCGCUCUGUGCGCCCUACCUCCAUCAACACCUCUGCUCUCCGUCGCACGCCGCAGCUCCCCCAGGCUGUCCGCCCAAUUGCUCCUCAGUCGGCCUACCGGUUCUACUCUACUGAGAACAAAGCCGAGAAUGGCGAGAAGAAGGAGGGUGAAUCUGCCCAGGAGGCUGAGGACCCCGUCCGCAAGGAGCUUGAGGAGAAGAAGAAGGAGGUCAUUGAGCUGAAGGACAAGUUGCUCCGCUCCAAGGCCGACUUUCUCAACCUGCAGGAGCGCACCAAGCGUGAUAUGGAGAACUCUCGCAACUUCGCGAUCCAGCGCUUUGCUGGCGACCUCCUCGAGUCCAUUGACAACUUUGACCGCGCCCUCCUUGCUGUUCCCAAGGAUCAGCUUGAUGCUCCCCAGACUGAAGCCAACAAGGACCUGUUGGAGCUCGUUUCCGGUCUGAAGAUGACUCAGAACAUCCUUCUGAACACCCUGAAGAAGCACGGUCUUGAGCGCUUUGACCCCAGCGAGCCCACUGAGGAUGGCAAGACCCAGAAGUUCGACCCCAACCUCCACGAGGCUACCUUCAUGGCCAAGGUUGAGGGCAAGGAGGAUGGUGACAUCAUGUACACCCAGAGCACCGGAUUCCGUCUCAACGGCCGCGUUCUUCGCGCUGCCAAGGUCGGUGUCGUCAAGAACUAG